CAUUUUCACUGUGUGUGUUUUUGGGAGGGGGGCUGUGCCAUCUGCAAGCCCUGGGCUGGAUAUGUGAUAUACACACACACAACUAAGUUUGACAACACAACAGCACCUUUAACGCGUUAGUUCCUGAUUCAUUCUGAGCACACAGGCUCUGAAUACAGGCUGUGUUUUUCUUUUUUCUUUUUUUGAAACUCUGGUUCCUUUCUCUGUCGGAGAGCUCCAGGAUAUGUCGAGAGGCGGAGGCGUUUCUUCCUCCAGCCGAAAUUGGGACCCCACUGACGCGUUAUGACAUGAAGUAGAAACAUUGUGGACGUCACUGAAGUUCUCAACUGGAGGUCGACUUCACUGCAUUUUUCCACUGAGCUGAUCUCUAACGAGUCGCAGUCGCCUGAGGCAACGCAGUGGGCUGGCCUGCUGUUAGAUUUUAUCUCUUGCCACCUGUGAAACACCGCCGCCAUCAUGCAGACUUCAUCGCUUCGCCGGCAGAUGAAAAACAUGGUCAGCAACUUCACGGAGGCCGAGAUCAAGGUCCGAGAGGCCACCUCCAACGACCCCUGGGGUCCCCCCAGCUCGCUCAUGUCUGAAAUCGCAGACCUGUCCUUCAACGUCGUGGCCUUCACCGAGGUCAUGGGUAUGAUCUGGAAGCGGCUCAACGACAGCGGUAAAAACUGGCGCCACGUCUAUAAGGCGCUGACCCUGCUGGACUACCUGAUAAAAAACGGGUCAGAGCGCGUGGCCCACGAGUGCCGCGAGAACAUUUACACCAUCCAGACGCUGAGAGACUUCCAGUACCUGGACCGAGAUGGACGCGACCAGGGAGUCAACGUCCGGGAGAAGGCCAAGCACCUGGUGACGCUGCUGAAGGACGAGGAGAAGCUGAAGAAGGAGAGGAGCCAGGCGCUGAAGACCAAGACGCGCAUGGCGGGGGCCAGCGGCGGCUCAGGCUCCGGGUCGCUGCCUCCUCCGUACCCGGGGCGUCGCACCAGCCAGCCCAGCUCGGCGGGGGUCUACGGGGAUGAGCCUGGCAGGUGCAGAGGCUCGCCAUCCUCGUUUCACUCCUCCUCUUCCUCCCCUCGAAUUGCUCCAGACAUGGAGCAAGCUCGGCCCACCACCAGUGGAGAGGAGGCGCUGCAGCUGCAGCUGGUCCUGGCUAUGAGCAAGGAGGAAAGUGAACAGCGGCCUCCUACAGUGGAUAUGGAUGAGCAGACCCAGCUCCAGAUCGCUAUGACACUCAGCAAGGAGGACACCCAGAAGCCGGUCCAACCUGCACCACCCGCAGCACUGGAUAUGGAUGAGGACACCCAGUUCCAGUUAGCUCUGAGCAUUAGCAAGGAGCAGCACCAGCAGGAACAACUCAGUCGCCAAGGGGAGGAGAUGAUGCUCAAGAAAGCUCUGGAGGACAGCGAACGGGACAUGAAGCCUAAAGGCGGGACUGCCUUCAUGGACCUGGUAGAUGUUUUCCAACCGCCUCCUGGUGACCCCCGAUGGAAUAAUGCAGCUGCUCGUCCUGGUAGCACAGACCCCAUGGAAGGCAGCACCUCCGGAGUAGAUCCUCCCUGGAUGGCACCGCCUCCCCGCAGCCCCCCUCCACCAUGGGAGCCCCCAUCUGACCCCUGGGACGACCCGCACAGCAACCGAGAAUGGGCCUUCCCUGCUCACACAGCCGCCCUUGGGGUUGAUCCAUUUUCAGCGCACGGAGCUGUCAGGGAACCUUCUCCCCGAGCUGGAAGCCCCUCAGACGGGGAUCUGUUUGAUGAUGAGGCCAUGGAUGGAGGUCAGAUGAACGUGAAUGGGCGAGGGGACGGCAGUCCUGAGCUAUUCGACCUGUCACGUCUCGGAGAUAGCCUGGCUGCCUCCAGCCCUCGCCGGACACCUGAGUCCUUCCUGGGCCCCACAGCGGCUUCCUUGGUAAACCUGGACAGCUUGAUUCCAGUGAAUCCGCCACCCAAGAUCAUGAACCCCUUCCUAUCAGGCCUCACUGCUCCUUCGCCCAACAAUCCAUUCCAAACUGAGCAGCCCAAACUAACUCUGAAUCAAAUGGGCUCGGGCUCCAUCUCUUCGGCUCCCCAGGGCACUUCUCUUCCGUACAGCGCCUCCUUGCCCCUGCCUAUGAGCCACCAGCCUGCCAGCCUCCCUUUGUCGAUGACUCACCCCACCCAGUCUGGUCUGGCGACCCUUCCCGAGCCCUUGUUGCCCUUCUCUUCAGGCAGCACUGACGGAUCACAGGCUGCACAGCAGAACCCUUUCUUAUGAGGACCAACUCAACUGGAGACAAAAUCUAAGAAAAAAGGGGAAUGCCAUUAGGUUAUUAUGCUCUUCAAAUAUAACUAACCGCAGACUGAACUUCAGCCCCAAGGACUUGUAUGAAAACCCUGUUCUUAGUUUUUAUAUUGUGUUAUAAUACAGUAACCCUUAGAUUGAUGCAAGCUGGUUCUGCUCUUCACUACAACAACCUGUCCCGCUCCUCUUGUCAUGAAUGCAGUAUAAAAAAGAUAACACCUUUGUAUCAGAAACCAUUAGUGUCAUGUAAACCUUCUUUAAGGCCAUAACUUGUUGAAUUCAGAAAAAAACAUACACAAAAGCACAGUUUGAUAAUAUUGUGUUGUCACUUCACUUAGCCACAAUUACCAGGCAAAUGUAUUACGGCUUUUUCAAGUAGUCAACUCCUGCUCACUCAGCUAUUUGUGUGAUUGGCUUACUGCUGCUGUCAUAUACAAAUAUAAAAAAUAGAUUUCUCAUAAGGGACGAGAGCUAGAGACCUAUCCGGUUCUUGAAAUGUUGCUGCAUCAACACGGUUAACUUUGUGGAACUUCCGUUGGACCAGAACUGAUGAGAAACAUCAGUGUGUACAUGAUUUUACUAAAGUGAAAUGAAUUGCUGGGGAAUGAAAUUAUAGUUUGGGGAGGACUGGAAGUGCUUCAGAAUUCACUAUAAGCAAGGCAACAUUAGAAAAUGUAUGAAUCAUGAGUUUUAUUCAUUGCUUGUGAACCACUGACUCAUCAAAUAUAAGGGUAUAAUUGGAA